AUGACUCCACCUGAUUUGUCCAUCUGGGACCAGACCCAGGAAGCGAUAACUUUCCUGACUGAUAGCCUGCCAGAGAGUCUGCGAAAGCCACAAGUUGCAAUCGUUUGUGGUUCCGGCUUAAGUGGACUAGCAGACACUGUCCAAGCAGAUCCUCGAGUAGAAUACGAUUAUGCAUCGAUUCCUCAUUUUCCUCGUCCAACAGUCUCUGGACACGCGGGCAAACUGGUGUUUGGGCUCCUGGGCCAGAAAGUCCCCGCCGUUUUCAUGGUUGGCCGUGCCCAUUACUAUGAAGGCAACUCUAUGGACCAGGUGACCUUUCCUAUCCGGCAUAUCUUUUUGGCUGGACUCGCCGGGGUGCAUCCUUUAAGAGGCCCGAAUGCCGAGGAAUUUGGCGUCCGCUUUCCACCUCUGUCGGAUGCAUAUGACCUUGACUUGCGUCGUCAUGUCCACCAGGCAUGGAAAGAAACCAUACCGUCCCAAAAGACAAGGAAAUUGCAUGAAGGCGUAUACGCCUUCGCGGGAGGCCCAACCUACGAAACAAGGGCUGAAAGCCGAAUGCUUCGCAUACUAGGAGCCGAUGUCGUGGGCAUGUCGACUGUGCCAGAAAUUGUAGUGGCAAGGCACAGUGGCCUUCGUGUGUUGGCAUUCAGUCUGGUCACGAACAAUGCGGUGCUGGAUCCGGUCCCGCGUGGGGACGAGCAAUUGCUCCAAGACAAAAACGCCGGUGAGCUCAAUGCCAUUCUGGAGAAAGGUAAGGCAACACAUGAAGAGGUUUUGGAGGCUGGCCGGACGGCAGCUUUAGAUAUGCAACAACUGGUGACGAAAAUUGUUGUGAAGGCUUUCGGUCAACAAUAA